AUGUCUACGACCAUUGACACGAUCGAAGUGGAUAACGAAGCAAAGGGUGAAAAUAACAACUCCAAUCAUCAAAAAUUUAAGGAAAGUGAUGCUGGAGAUGGCACGAAAAGAGAAGAUCACGUACUUCAUGGCACAAAGCUUUGGCUUUGUGCAUCCUCAUUACUUAUGUGUUUAUUCUUGGUGUCGCUCGAUCAGAUGAUUACCAUGGCAGUGCUAACCACCAUAUCUGAACAUUUCAAUGAAUUCAAUAAGUUCACCUGGAUCACAGCAGCAUUUAUGAUGCCCUUGGGUUGUCUUUCGCAGUUUUGGGCAAGGUUAUCCAUUAGUUUCGGCCGUAAAUGGGUGAUGCUUAUUGGAGUUGCAUUGUUUGAGAUUGGUUCUUUAGUGGCUGGAAUUGCCAGUAGUAUGAAUAUGUUUAUUGGCGGUAGAGCUAUACAAGGUGCUGGAGGUUCAUGUAUUCAAAGUCUUACGAUGAUUAUUGUCACGGAAAUUACAACAAUAGAUAAUAGAGCACAACUACUCGCUUGCGUGAGUAUAGUUUUUAUAGUGGCCUCUGUUUUGGGACCUUUGAUAGGCGGAGUAUUUGGAACAAACGUUUCAUGGAGGUGGUGCUUUUAUAUCAACCUUUGUUUUGGAGCCGUGAUUGUGCCAUUGUUUUACUUGAGUUACAAGCCAACGCCUCCAAAGGGCACGUUCAAAAGUAAGAUGAAAACUAUCGAUCUUCUAGAUAAUUUUUUGCUAGUUGCAGGAUUUGUCUUGGUUCUUAUCGCAAUAUCUUUCGGCCAAACUGAUAGCAAAUGGGGCACUGCCAAAACCAUAAGUUGCUUUGUGAUAGGUGGUAUAAUCAUCAUAAUCUUCUGUUACUACAACUUCACAUAUUGCAAGUAUCCAGUUAUUCCGAAGAAUAUUAUGUUCAACAAACACAUUUUUUCCGCAUUCAUGACGUAUUCAUUUAGUUAUUCCGUUUUGAUGGUUAUGGCUCAAUUUCUUUGUAUGUAUGCCGAGACUGUUCUUGGGCAUAAUCCUCUUCAUACCGGAUUUUUCAUCAUACCUUGUGCCAUUGCAACAUGCGGUGCUUCGGUUUUAAACGCUUUUUUGAUUAAAAAAACGAGAUACAUUAAACCAUUUUGCAUUUUUGGAGCAAUCAUUCUUCCAAUUUCCCCAGGACUUUGUCAACUUUUAAAGGUUAAAGAACAUUUAGGAUUAAUCAUUGGUCUUGAAAUUAUCCUAGGGGUGGGAGAUGGAUUUAACUUUCAAGGUCCAAUCCUAAGUGCAAAUAUUCAUGCACCAAAAGAUGCUGGUUCGACAAUUUUGACCACCGCCCUCCUUAAUUUUGGUAGAAGUACAAUGACGGCUUUCUUCUCCGAAAUCGGAAGUGCUAUUUACUCUGCGUGCCUAAAAUCAAGUAUCAAAGAAAUUGCUCCUUAUAUUCACGAAACUAUUAUACCUUUACAAACUAUUCUUUUAGAACCACAGCUUUUACAAAAGCUUGACGCGCACGAUAAGCAGCUCAUUUUAGAAAAGGUAACCGAUGCAUUAAAGAAUGUGUUUUGGUUUUGUACCGCACUUGCUUGCGUUUCUUUAGUUUCUGCUAUAUUAUUGCCUUCAGCAAGGGUUCCACCAAGUGAAGAAGUGGAGAAGUAG